AUGGCUAGCCUCACCGCAUGGGAGUGUGUGAUCACCUUCCUCACCGCGGCGGAUGUGGAUGAGGGCGAGGCUCCGGAUGACGCGGUCACGCUGCCGGAGGUCGAGCAGAACGCUGGGACCGCGCGCGUCUUGGGUCGGCUGGCUAUUUGCAGCCGGGGCAUGCUGCGCAGCUUGCAGCCUUUUCUGCGCGGCUGCCGUGAGACGACGGACGCCCUGAACCUUGGCCUGAUCCGGCGCUUCGUGUGGCACGCGUACGACACCGAUCCCCAGCCCGCGGCCAUGCCCAUGCAGCAGACGUUCGCCAUACUUGAGGGCGAGCAGCGGAGGAGGCUCAUCCGGAUGGUGCGGCGGGUCGAGGUGCAGCAAGGUCAUCGCCAAGCUCGGGAUUUUGUGGCAACAAUGCUCAGGCAUCUUAUGGAGGAUCCGCAGAAGGAUAUCCGGAGAACGCUGGCGCUCAUGGAGCGCGAGCUCGACUUGAUGUUCGCCUAG